AUGGACAAGGAAACCAACUUCAGACAACUAGUUAGACUUGUAGAUUCGGUUCCAUUUAACAUUCUAUUUUGCAUUUUUUCAUUAGUCGUAAUUAACUGCCUCAAAUUAAAGUCAACUGAAUGGGAAGCAUUCCUUUUAACACAUACCAAUCAAGACUUCGAAGCAAGCACACUCAAAAUCAUCGUACUAAUGCAAUUAGUCACUGCAGUUCUUUCGUUUUUUUGUAAUGUCUUUGUUCAUAGAUUGGUGUCGCUGUCCUACAGAGUUAUUUUGAGAAAUAUUUUGCUUGAGUAUUUGAAGCUAAGAUACUCUAGCUUUAUGAAAAUAGGUGUGGGUGCUGUACUGUGUUUGAUUUCUCGUAGAUCCUCGGCCUUCUGUGAUUUUUUUGAGGGCCUGAUGGUCAGAAUUGCUCCAAAGCUAAUAUUUUUAUUCACUUUGACAUCCUCAAUACUUAAUCUGUUGGAGUAUAAUGUAAAGCUGAAUGUUCUGGGUCUUUUUAUUGUUUUUAUUGUAUUUAUAUUGCUCUUACAGACUCUACGGGCACAUUUGAAGGAGAAAAUAAAUACAAAUUAUGAAAUUUCAAAUUCAAAACGAGUUGAAAUUCUGGAAAGUUACGAAAGAAUCAUUUCAUACAACAUUCUUGAAGAUGAACUCAGUGAUUAUCACAGAUUACUGGGGAAAUACACAUUUUUUAAGCAAAUAUUCGACUGCUCAGGCCACAUGAUCAAUUUUCUAUCAGCCAUGAUGCUGCUGCUAUUCUCAAUUUAUAUUUGGAGCUGUAUUAUUGAUACAAAUCAAUUUACUUCCAUAAUUAUACUAACAGAAAAGCUUAAAGACUAUUUAUACUCAAUUUUGAUAGAAUUUGAUACACUGAUUAUAGACUAUGCAAACUACUCAUAUUCAAAAUACACUUCCACUGAUUUAGAAAACAAUGAGUGUGCUAAGAACUGUGGCUACUUAGGAACUAUUGAUUAUGAUAAAAUGGGUGAUUGUACGAAGUUAUAUGAUUUCGCCAGUGAUAUUAGUCUUGAUUCCCUGCGUGUAAAGUUUGAUGACUAUGUAAUACUGAACAGUGUAACAUUGUCAAUAAAAAAGAACGAAAAAGUUGCUAUAACAGGCAUAAAUGGCUGUGGAAAAAGUGCACUGGCAGGAGCCAUAGUGGGGUUUAUUAACUACGAUGGUUCACUAAAAAUCGAUGGAUUUGAAGUUAGAAGCUUAUCAAGAACAGCACUUAGUAGUUUGAUCAGCUACAUACCCCAAAAUGCAAAAAUAUUCAAUAUGAGUAUUGAAUAUAAUCUUAGAAUAGGUAGGGAUAGCAUGGGGAAUGACGAGAUGAUUGAAAUAUGUAACCAAUUUGAUUGCCACUCAACAUUCAAGAAUAUAGGAUAUUCAAAGAUGGUAGGUGAUCGUGGAAGACUACUUAGUGGUGGACAAAGACAGCGUGUGAUUCUUCUCGGUGCAAUUUUGAAAGACAGCAAAAUUUUAAUAUUUGAUGGUCCAUUUACUGGAUUAGAUCAAAAAACAGAGGAACAUUUUGUAAAGACGCUGAAAAAUGAAUUUAAAAAUAAAACAGUGGUAUGCUCAACACAGAACAUAGGUCUAUUCCCCUAUUUUGAUCAGAUAAUAUUCAUUCAUAAGGGUAUCGUUUACAAAGACACUUUCAAGAUGCUUUUGAAAACAAAUGAAGAGUUUAGAACAUUUUGCAGGGUCAGAGAAUCGACCGAAUUACCUUUAAGACUAUUUUCAAAGAAGUUGUUAUCAAUAAUCAAAAGCAUAGCAAGCUAA